AUGGAGAUUAUCUAUAAUGUAAAUAAAGACGAAUUAAUUGAACAUAAUGAUGAUACAAAUAUUAUUUGCAUUAGCAAUGGUGAUAAUACAACUUUAAACAAAACAACCCUGAAAUUAAAUGAUACUUUCAAAACCUGGAGUGAAGUUAAUAUUGUUGUUAGUCGAUACACAAAGCAAAAUGGAUUUGUAGCUAUUAAAUACCGUUUAGAACUUGAUGCUAUCGAUAAAUCUAUUGUUCGUCAACAUGUGUACAAAUAUUGGAAAGCUGGUGUUCAUAGUCCUAAAAAGAUGAAAGAUAUUAGCUUACAUUAUGAUAGUGUUACAGUCAAAAUGAAUUGUGAAUGGCAAGCAAGUUUUAACUUUGGAAAACGCGCAACUGAAAUAUGCCUUACCAAAAUUGUUAAUAAACAUAACUAUCUAUAUGAUACAAAGACAAUAGAGCUAGCACCUAAAAAUCUGCGAUUUUCACAA